ACUCCCCGCCCCUGCCCGCGUCUGCCCCUUCCGCGCUGGCCUCAAGAUGGCCGCUUGCUGGCGUCUCUGGCGCUGUUGAAUGGCGAAAGCUUUAUUGUUCCCUUCGGGCAGGAGUGUUCGUGUCCUCUAUGGCGCUGUCAAUAAAGAACGGCAGUUUGAAUCGGUGCUGAACAGAGAAUCAGUGGAUUACAGACCUCAGUGUCAUAUUGCCUGAGUUUGAACUCCACACUGCCACACACUAGCUGUGAGACCCCUCUGGAGAGAGGAAGUGAAGUCCUGGGGCAGAGCUGCUGUGAUGGAGCUCCCCAACUACAGCCGGCAGCUGCUGCAGCAACUGUACACACUGUGCAAGGAGCAGCAGUUCUGUGACUGCACCAUUUCCAUCGGCACCAUUUACUUCAGGGCUCACAAACUUGUCCUGGCCGCAGCCAGCCUUCUGUUCAAAACCUUGCUGGACAACACAGACACCAUCUCCAUCGAUGCGGCUGUGGUGAGCCCCGAGGAGUUUGCCCUCUUGUUAGAAAUGAUGUAUACUGGCAAAUUACCUGUGGGCAAACACAACUUCUCCAAAAUCAUCUCUUUAGCCGACAGCCUGCAGAUGUUUGAUGUGGCUGUAAGCUGUAAGAAUCUUCUGACCAGCCUUGUAAACUGCUCCGUGCAGGGUCAGGUGGUAAGGGACAUCUCUGCACCAUCCUCAGAGUCCUGUAGGAAAGAAGAAACAGAAAUGCCUCAAAUAGCAGUCCUUUCCUCUGAAGGUGCAGCAGUGUCCCUUUCCUCCCUGGAGGCUUCUGCCACCUCAGGGAUCCCUGUGAAAGCCGAGGCCCAGGAAGCAAUCCAUAUGGGGACCCAAGAGAUGAGUGCAGGUCAUCCCACUGCCCAGGAGAUUCCAGGGGAUGCAGAAGCCCCAGUGGAGACUCCUCACCCAGCUGAUGUUGGUUCCCCCUCACCUGCUGGACAGACCUUGAGUGGAGCAAAGGGGGCGAGCACAGAACCAGAAUGUGAGAGGAAACAAUACCAGCUGAGUUUUCUUCUAGAAAAUGAAAAUGUUUUCUCAGAUGCACUCUUGGUUACUCAGGACAUUUUUAAAAGACUAGAAGAAUGUUCAGAAAUUAAAGGCCCACAGAAGGAGAUUGUAAUGGAAUGUCUUGAGGGUAAAGGAGGACCUGCAGCAUUCCAGAGAAUCCUGGAGAAAGUAAGAGCCGAGAGCCUGGAUGUGCAGACUGUUGUGUCCCUGCUGAGACUGUACCAGGAUUCUAAUCCUGCAGUAAAAACUGCACUGUCAGGCCCACAGCCAGAAGAUGCAGCCCCAGUGCAGCCAAAAGGGAGCACAGGGGAGGAAAAGACCUUGUCUGUUCUGUUACUGGAACACAAAGAGGACCUGAUACAGUGUGUAACACAGCUGAGACCUAUUACGGAGUUCCUAGAAACAGCCAAGGAGGAAUUCCUGCCUGGCACCGAGAAAAGGGUGAUUCUGAAUUGCUGUGAGGGCAGAACACCCAAAGAGACAAUAGAAAAUAUGUUACACAGAAUAACUGAAGAAAAAACCCUGACUGCUGAGAGUUUGGUAAAACUCCUCCACGCUGUGAAGAUGACGUUCCCAAACUUGGACCUUCUGCUGGAGAAUUUGCAGAAAUUAGCCACUUUGCCCAAUACCACAGUCCAGCCAAACCCUGAUGAUUAUGGGACUGAGCUACUGAGACGAUAUCAUGAAAACCUGUCUGAGAUUUUCACAGACAACCAGAUGUUGCUAAGGAUGAUCUCACACGUGAAGAGUAUAGCCCCUGGAGAAAGAGAAGUUAUGGAGAAGCUUGUGAAACAGGGCUCUGGCUCAGGUGGUUUCAGCUCCCUGAUGUCAGCAGUUCUAGAAGAGCAGACUGUCUCUGCAACAGCCAUUUGGCAGCUACUUCUGGCAGCUCAGGAGACAAAGACCUGCCCAUUGAACGUGGUUGUGGAAGAAAUACGAAAGGAGCCUGGUGCCAGUGCUUUCUUCCGGGCAGUGACCACCUCAGAAACUGCUGCCUUAGAAAUAGUCCUGAGGCAUAACAAGUUGAUCAUAGAGGCCAUCCAACAGAGGGGUGAGCUCAAGCCCUUUUCCUUGGAGGAAGAGCAGCUGGCCAGAACUUUGAAAGAGAUUCUGAGCAUUUCCUCUGAGACAACCAGCCCUGAAGCUUCCUUGAGAGCAGUGCUGAGCAGAGCCAUGGAAAAAUCAGUCUCGGCCAUUGCAAUCUGUCACCUCCUGUGCAGUGUCCACAAAUCUUUCCCAAGCCUACACCCCGUCAUGCAGGAAUUGGCACUUAUUGGUUUCCUUACUAAGGAAAAUGGAGAGAAGGAAAUAUGGAAGGUGAGUAAUAAAUUUCACCUUGAAGCCAAUGACAAAGAGAAUGAAAAGGCUGCGGAAGAUGACUGCCAGCCUGCAGAACAGAACGACCAGGGAGAGGCUGGUUCCUUGCCAGAACAACAAGAGAAAGACACUUCUGUCUCCCCAGACUCUGCCAAGAAGAGCUUUGUCUGUAAGGCCUGUGACAAGAGCUUCCAUUUCUACUGCCGCCUGAAGGUGCACAUGAAGCGCUGCCGGGUAGCCAAGAGCAAACAGGUGCAGUGUAAGGACUGCAGUGAGACCAAGGAUUCCAAGAAAGAGCUGGAGAAGCAUCAGCUGGAGGCCCAUGGUACAAAUGGAGACCCUGAAGUCCCCAAGAAGAAGAAGAAGAGGCUCCCAGUGACAUGUGACCUCUGUGGAAGAGAAUUUGCGCAUGCCUCAGGCAUGCAGUACCAUAAACUGACAGAGCACUUUGACGAGAAGCCUUUCUCCUGUGAGGAGUGCGGGGCCAAGUUCGCAGCCAACUCCACCCUGAAGAACCACCUCCGCCUGCACACUGGGGACCGCCCCUUCAUGUGCAAGCACUGCCUCAUGACCUUCACCCAAGCCUCGGCCCUGGCCUACCAUACCAAGAAGAAGCACUCAGAAGGAAAAAUGUAUGCUUGCCAGUACUGUGAUGCUGUGUUUGCCCAGUCCAUUGAGCUGUCCCGCCAUGUGAGGACCCACACCGGGGACAAACCAUAUGUCUGCAGGGACUGUGGCAAGGGCUUCAGGCAAGCCAAUGGCCUCUCCAUCCACCUGCACACCUUUCACAACAUAGAAGAUCCUUAUGAUUGCAAGAAAUGCAGGAUGAGUUUCCCCACUCUGCAGGAUCACCGGAAGCAUAUCCAUGAGGUGCAUUCCAAGGAGUACCACCCCUGCCCCACCUGUGGGAAGAUCUUUAGUGCUCCUUCCAUGCUGGAGCGUCACAUGGUGACCCAUGUCGGAGGGAAGCCCUUCAGCUGUGGGAUCUGCAACAAGGCUUACCAGCAAUUGUCUGGUUUGUGGUAUCACAAUCGGACCCACCACCCAGAUGUAUUUGCUGCUCAGAACCAUCGAUCAUCCAAGUUCUCAUCGCUUCAGUGCAGCUCCUGUGACAAAACCUUUUCCAACACCAUUGAGCACAAGAGGCACAUCAAAGCAGAGCAUGCAGAUCUAAAGUUCCACGAAUGUGAGCAGUGUAAGGAGCUCUUCCCCACUCCAGCUCUGCUGCAGGUUCACAUCAAGUGCCAGCAUUCAGGGUCCCAGCCAUUCAGGUGCUUGUACUGUGCAGCCACUUUCCGCUUCCCUGGAGCAUUGCAGCACCACGUCACCACGGAGCACUUUAAGCAGUCAGAGAGCACCUUCCCCUGUGAGCUCUGUGGGGAGCUCUUCACUUCCCAGGCUCAGCUGGAUGGCCACCUGGAGUCUGAGCACCCAAAGGUGACGGGGACUGAAACCCAGGAAGCCACCUCCCAGAUGGUGCAGGUGAUCCAGACUUCAGAGCCGGCAGCCCCGACUGAGCAGGUGAUCACCCUGGAGGAGACCCAGCUUGCUGGGUCGCAGGUGUUUGUGACUUUGCCAGACUCUCAGACAUCUCAGGCCAGCUCUGAGCUCGUGGCGGUGACUGUGGAGGAUCUGCUGGAUGGUACUGUGACCCUGAUCUGUGGUGAGGCCAAGUUAAUACUUCUGCCCACCCUGACUGCCUCCCUCGCUUCCUCUGGAGUUGAUGAUGUUCCUAAUGAACCUGCAGCUGGCAGGCCACUCUGUGCCUGCACAAACAAGAGCAGCAGGCUGCCCCUAGCUCUGCUCCUGCCACCAGGCCAGGCCGCUUGCCUUGUGCGCAGCCAGCUGUAUGAGCUCUCCUAGGCUACAUGCUUAUUGCAGGUCAGUGAUCCUUUGGAGUCUGAAUUUCACAAAGCCUUUUAUCUUUAGUUCCUAAAACAUAAUCUGGUAAUUAAUGGUUUGUGGAAUCCAUUAUGAAGUGCAAUUAGAUGGAUGUUGGUUCCUGCCGUUUAGAAAGAAUGACUAGCAUUUAUCUUUUCCUUGAUGCCCAAAGGUUGGAGUAGGCUAGUGCACUGUUUAUACAGCAGGCAGGGCCCCCUGCUUCUUAGUGUGGCUUGACCCCUUGUGGAGAGGGUGUCCAGUUUGAUCACUCACCCUCAUGCUGCACACUGCCAGAGAGAUAAGCCCACCCCUUUUUCCAGUCAGGUGUGCCCCACCCACCACGGCUGUGAGGUACAUCACCAUGUGAUGCACAUGGGGUUGAGGUGGUCAUAGGUGGAGCUUUUAUUGCUGCACACAGGCACACAGGCAGGUGGGCACAGCUAAAAGCGCAGAGGUAGAGCCUUGGUUCUGACCAGUAUUUUCAGGGGCUGGCUAUUGUCUUCACUGGCAUUGGCUUUGUGGAGGCAAUCCUGGCAACAGUGAGUUCCAGCCCAGGCCAGCUCGCCCCAGCCAACUCCUCCCACCUCCCAUCCUCCUUUUUCUGAUAUCUAAAUCAGUUGAGCUUGUCAGUUCUGGGAUCUUCCCAUCCCGAAGGGUAAGGGAAGUCUUUAAAGGAGAGGUGGCCUCAGGAGCCAAAUACUGACCAGAAGAUGGUGCUCAAACCUUAAGAUGUCUCCCUGGGCAGACCGUGCUGUUUCUACCAAGUCUGCCCUCAUCCUAAGGUUUUUCAGUCCCCAUGGUUGGCAGAUCAGGGAGCUCUUGAUCUGCAAGUGGCAAAAUGGCACAGACUCUCCUCUUGGCAGAUGAACCCCCUUAAAGACAGUGGAGUGGCACAGGCUACCAGGCCUUGGUGCCAGGCCCAGCAGGUCAGAGUGCAGCACCUCAUAAGCCGUAGGAUGGUGGAAUUGCACUGAGUGGCAUCAGAACUUCUGCCUGCCAAAAGGCAAGAUAGUAACACAUCAAGUGCCUAGGGCUUGUAGCAGAAAGUUGUUUCUUCUUAAGUCUUCGAAUAAAAGCUGUAAGUUUUAAA